CAUGGUUAUUUUGCACUCCCACCCCUCAAAAAUUUCCAGCCGCCACAGCUUUUCCCUGCCUUUCUUCUUCACGGCAGCAACAGCCAUCAGGGAGCCGUGCCCCUCCCAUGGCGGCUCCUCUCCUCUAGGCGCCGCCUCUCCCAACCAGCGCAUGUUCAUCUUCCUCCCCACCCUCCUUCCCUGGUGCAGGCGCAGGGAGCAGUUCCCUGGCCGAGCUCCAUUCCAGCAGGGACGCCCAGGUCCCGACGGCCCCUGCGGCGAGCUCCUUCCUCCAAGCUGGACGCCAGCCGAGCUCCCCUUCCGGUCGCCGCUCCUCCCUGCGAACCUCCCCAACAGGGAGCCUUUCCCCCUGCGCGCAGGAUCUCCCAGGCCCGAUCUCGGCGUGCUCCAUGUCCAUGGCGCUGCAGCAGCUUGGGUUUCACACAUGGACGCCCCUCUGCAGCUCACCCCUCUCUGUCCAUGGCCGAAAUCCCCUGUAGAAGCUCCCCACGGCGCCCAGAAAUUCCGACAGCAACAUCCCCUUCCCUGCUGCUACACGCCCCUCUCCAUUCUCUAGCCACCAAGCUCCUCCCUGCAUCGAUGCGUCAUCCAUGGUCUUCUCCCAUGGACUGAACGUCCACCCCCCUGCUGUUUGGCCAGAGCACACCCUUUGUUGGGUCCGCCAGCGACGAGCGCCAGGGGGCAUCGCCCAAACUUCGUCUCCAAGCCCCUCCAUCAGGUUCCUGGCAGCGGAAGCUCAGCACCUGCUACAAGCUACAUGCUCGAUGGAACGCUCAGCCGCUCGCCGGAUCUGCGCAGCCCCAGCCGCGACGGUGUCAA